CUUUUCUUCUAUCCCUUGGACAGGGCAGACCCAGGAGGCCUGAGCAGCAUUUGCCCCCAGCCCCCUGUGGGGCCCUGGGGCCCCCUGAAACCUCCAGGACGGAGCCAGGUGAUGACCAGCUGGGAACGGAGCACGGGCUGAGUGGACGGGGCGGGCACCAUGAACAAGUUACGGCAGAGCCUGCGGCGGCGGAAGCCAGCCUACGUGCCUGAGGCUUCGCGCCCGCACCAGUGGCAGGCGGACGAGGACGCGGUGCGCAAGGGCACGUGCAGCUUCCCGGUCAGGUACCUGGGCCACGUGGAGGUGGAGGAGUCCCGGGGGAUGCACGUGUGUGAGGAUGCAGUGAAGAAGCUCAAGGCGAUGGGCCGGAAGUCGGUGAAGUCUGUCCUGUGGGUGUCAGCUGAUGGGCUCCGAGUGGUGGAUGACAAGACCAAGGACCUGCUGGUAGACCAGACCAUCGAAAAGGUAUCCUUUUGUGCUCCUGACCGCAACCUGGACAAGGCUUUCUCUUACAUCUGCCGUGACGGAACCACCCGCCGCUGGAUUUGCCACUGCUUCCUGGCACUCAAGGACUCUGGCGAGAGGCUGAGCCACGCCGUGGGCUGUGCUUUUGCAGCCUGCCUCGAGAGGAAACAGCGGCGGGAGAAGGAAUGUGGGGUCACGGCUGCUUUCGACGCCAGCCGCACGAGCUUUUCCCGAGAGGGUUCCUUCCGCCUUUCUGGGGGCGGGCGGCCUGCUGAGCGAGAGGCCCCGGACAAAAAGAAAGCAGAGGCAGCGGCUGCCCCCACUGCGGUUCCUGGUCCUGCCCAGCCUGGGCACGUGUCCCCGACACCAGCCACCACAUCCCCUGGCGAGAAGGGUGAGGCAGGCACCCCCGUGGCCGCAGGCACCAGCGCGGCUGCCAUUCCCCGGCGCCACGCCCCGCUGGAGCAGCUGGUCCGCCAGGGCUCUUUCCGCGGGUUCCCGGCGCUCAGCCAGAAGAACUCGCCUUUCAAACGGCAGCUGAGCUUACGGCUGAAUGAGCUGCCAUCCACGCUGCAGCGCCGCACGGACUUCCAGGUGAAGGGCACAGUGCCUGAGAUGGAGCCCCCUGGCGCCAGCGACAGCGACGGCAUCAAUGCUCUGUGCACGCAGAUCAGCUCGUCAUUUGCCAGUGCUGGAGCCCCAGCGCCGGGGCCACCGCCGGUGCCAGCAGGGACUUCUGCCUGGGGUGAGCCCUCCGUGGCUCCUGCAGCUGCCUUCCAGCCAGGGCACAAGCGGACCCCUUCGGAGGCUGAGCGGUGGCUCGAGGAGGUGUCCCAGGUGGCCAAAGCGCAGCAGCAGCAGCAGCAGCAGCAGCAGCAGCAGCAGCAGCAGCAAGCGGCCUCGAUGCCCGCUGUGCCCCCCGUGCCCCCCACCCUGCAGCCCUUCUCUGCCCCCGUGGGGCCCUUUGAUGCUGCACCUGCCCAGGUGGCCGUGUUCCUGCCACCCCCACACAUGCAGCCCCCCUUUGUGCCCACCUACCCAGGCUUGAGCUACGCGCCCGUGCCGCGUGUACCCGUGGUGGGCAUCACACCCUCACAGAUGGUGGCCAACGCCUUCUGCUCGGCCGCCCAGCUCCAGCCCCAGCCCGCCACCCUGCUUGGAAAAGCUGGGGCCUUCCCGCUCCCUGCUGCACCCACUGCCCCUGGGGGCCAGGCCCGCCCACGCCCCAAUGGGGCACCCUGGCCCCCAGAGCCAGCACCUGCCCCAGCCCCUGAGCUGGACCCCUUUGAGGCCCAGUGGGCAGCGUUAGAAGGCAAACCUGCUGUGGAGAAGCCUUCCAACCCCUUCUCCGGCGACUUGCAGAAGACCUUCGAGAUUGAACUGUAGCCCGAGCCGCCCCAUUGCCUCCAGGUGCCCCACGCCUGGGACUGGAGGCCCAACCUCCCCCCUCAUCCUGCUCCCUGGGGCUGUGCCCCUCUGACCCCUUCUCUCAAUCACCCUCCAUCACCCCGACAAACACAGAACCGACAUUGUAAUGCCCAGGUUGCAACAGGAUGGAAUUCAGGGAUGGACCCAGCCUGGCUAAGGGACCCGUUUCACUGCCAGUCUUAGACCGGCAAUGGCUCUUCGCCCCCACCCCAGACACUGGGGAAUGGCCACAGUCCCACUGAGUGUCCUCGGCUCAAGCUACAUUUCUCAGUUUCUGUUGUUGACCUUUCACCUUCCAGUGUUGGGUAGGAUGGGGGAGGGAGGCCCACUUAGGGGCUCUACAGGGCCCCGUACAGAUGCCCACCCCAAGUCUGGUUGCCCACCCCCCAUACACAGCACAAGCAAAGGGCUUCCCUCUGCCCAUCUGCUGCGUUCACUGCCAAUGCUGUGCUCACCUCUGCCACCCCUCCCCCCACUCGGAGGCCCACAUCUUCCUUGGGCCAAGGUCUCACGGGGGCAGGGGCCAAGUUGAGGGCCCAGGAGGUGGGGUAGGGGGAAGGGGAAGGAGACGCUCAGUUACCUCACGUUGGUGCCCGCUGGGGAGGGGUCCAGAGGAGGGGGGAAGGGUGCCUGGCGGGUACUUUUCUAUCUUUUAUUUCCAGAUUUUUUUGUAUCUAAACUUGCAGAUUUGUAUUAUACAAAGGACAGCCAAUAAAGGAAGAAUAUAAUGGUA